AUGCUUCGACCCCUGUACAGCGAUAGUGCGGGCGCAACCCGAAGAAGCUGGGGCGUUUUCUGGGCAAGCGCCCUCAGAGAUGCACCGCCACUUCCCGCAGCAGUGCGGGCCGCAGUGCCCGAGGAGGGCGGCUUCGUAGUGCGACCUCUGACAAAGCCGUUGCCUCCGGAGGUCCUCUGCGUACAGAACAAGGGUCGGUGUCUCUUGGCGCCACGGCGUGAGGUUCAUGCGGAACUGGGCUUUCCUGAGCCCGCUUUGAUCAGCAACGAGGUGUUUGCGGAGGUCCGAUAUGGCUUGGCUCCUUCCGUGGUGCAGCGCUUGGACUUCGAAGACAUCCGAGAAGGGACGCUGCGUCUCUUCGCAAUCCCCGGCUUCGAAGGGGACGUGCGAGUCGUGACUGUUGUGGAUGAGACGGCAGCCACAGAAGUUCUGGCACAGAUCGGGCACGCUGGCAUGCUAGGCAACGCAGGUUUGCAGAGGAAGAGGCUUUCAGAGUUUCUCCAUGCCGCAGCGGCAUCUCCUUCGGCAGCCAAGUGGCCGACAACAGCAGAGGUAACAUCCGGUGACUUCGCCGAGAGCCUGCUGCAGAGGCCUGCACCAGAAGAGCUGCGUGGUGCGGCGGCGGAUGAAAGUGGGCUCUUCCCUCACCAGGUUGCCACAGUGACAUGGAUGCAAGGCAUUGAACAAAGGGGAGCGCAGUGCUUGCAGGUGGCGCCGUUGCAUUUCGCAGGUACCAGCCUGGGAUCCUCUUACGAUUUGACCCUCCCGCGUGGGGGUGUAGUGGCACACCCUCCUGGUUCAGGCAAAACGCGUAUUGUGGCGGCCCUUGCUGCCCGUGACAACGACCGGGAGGCACUUCAGGGUCGGGUCUCCGUCUCCGAGAAUCGCCCAGCCGACCUGCUAAUCCUGGGGAAGUGGCUGCAGUGGCUCUGUGGAGACUCCUCACCGCAGCCGCCGCAUCUGCCGCAGGCUCCGGUGGUUCCACAGGUGGCAGAGCAGAAGCUGACCUUGAUUGUUUGCCCCGCUCAUCUGGUUCGCCAGUGGCAGCAGGAGCUGCAAGGCCAAGGCGCUGUCGAUACAGAGGUCACGGACUAUGAGUCUGUGGAACACAUCAUGUUCGAAGCUAGCAAGUGGAAGCGGCUUGUGAUUGACGAGCCGCAGGACUGUCCCGGAUCGGAGAACUGGCAGUCUUUGCUGGCUCUUGCCGAUGGGUUUCGCGAUGACGGAGCCGCCAUCUGGCUGCUUUGCGGCACUGCUCCCUCCCAGCUGGAGUCCAUAGGGCCACUGCUUCUGGGCCGGCGGAACUGGCACGUGGCCUGGCGCCAAUCCGAGUGGACAGGCUUCCCACAGCUGGCUCAUCUCAUCCGGAUGCGUUUCCUGGCGGAUCCUCCCUGGGCCUGCCUGCCGCGGCCGACCCUACAGUGGCACAACGAGCCCGUCGUGCUCCGGCCCCGGGAAAGCACCGACGCUGCAGUGGCCAACCUCGCCGGCUUCGUCCUGGACAGCGUGCUGCUCCUUUCCUUCGGGGCCGGCACAGCCUUCGCGGCAGCUCAGGAGAGAGAUCAGCUGCUGCUGCAGAUGGGAUGGUACAACUGCGUGGGCACGUCCCUGCUGCCACCUGCAGAGCAUGCAUUGGCGGACUGGGAGGGUACCGUGGCCCAGCGCAGCCAGCAGAAGCUGGAGAAGCUGGCAGAGGACAUUGCUAAGCUGGAGGCAACCGAGAACCAGCAGGGCUUGCGCUACCAGUUGGCAGGGGGGGACGCUGCCAUGGCUCCAGACCUGUCCUUUCUUGCAGUGGAGACGGUGCGCGUUCAUCUAGAAGGAAUGCAAGACGGCCCAGUGUCCGAAUCUGCGUGCGCUGCCGAGUGGAACGCCCUCCUCCCGAGCCGGAGCUACGAAGGCGCGGUGGCUCGGGGAGUCGGCGAAACGAGCUGCAUCGCCUUGUACGAUGAGCCAGCGGAUGGCGAUUUUGCGGCAGCCGCCACCGCUGCCCAGGCCGCAGGUGCCAUCGCCGUGAUCUUCGCUGCUGCAGAGUCAGAGAGACCUUUCGGCUACCCUCACGAGAGAGCGCCACCAGGCAUCCCGGCAUGCAUGGUGAGCCGUCGCCUGGCACACGCUCUCUUCUCCUCCGUGGCCGCCAACCGGCCAGUCACGGCGAGAGUGCUGCUACUUGCGCAGGAAAGCCCGGAGGAAGACAAAGACGUCGAGGAAGGCCUGGUCUCGGCCUUCAUCGCAGAUGAUGCUGUUGACACUGCCCUACACAGACAGCUCAAGGCUUUGCGAGGCGAGCGGGAGCGCUGCGAGCGCUCCCUCCGAUUCGCGAGACAGAUGCGGGCGCUUCUUGAGAGGAACGAGGCUCACUGCCCCGUUUGCUUCCAGUCUGGAGCAGAGACGGAAGCUUUUGCGGUUCUCCCCGACUGCUUCCACAUUCUCUGUCGCGCCUGCCUUGAGCAGCAGGCCGGCAUGGAUCCAACUUUUGGCUGUCCUAUGUGCCGCACAUCCGUGUUUCGUUUGGACGUGGUCGUCUUUCGCGCACCUGGCAGGCCAGAGCCUACUGUGGACGAGGAUGACGAAGACCCGACGACGGUGAAGACUUGCUGCGGGGAUGCCGAAGACUGCAGUUGUGAAGGGCAGGGGCUGGAGGUAGCUUCUGUGCAGCGCGAGGUGCUGCCAUCCAAGCUGCAACGCCUGCUGUCGCUGCUCAGGGAACUACUGGCUUGUGGGCCGGAGGAGCGGGUGCUUGUCUACACGCAGUGGGCCACCCAUGUGGUCUACUUGCGAGAGGUGCUGCAGCAGCAGGGUGUGCCAGCCUUGGCCCUGGUCGGUGAGCUUCGAGACACCAUGGACGUCCUGAGUCGCUUUGGCAGCCCCGACGAGCCGAGGGUGCUCCUCCUCUCUAGCCAGCGACAUUCUUCAGGCAUCAACUUGCAGAUGGCUCGGCACGUGGUGAUUGUGCAUCCUUAUUGCACGCCGACCGCCACCAGCCAGGACUCCAUCUCCCGGCUUCAGAUGUUGGCCUUUGAAGCGCAAGCGAUCGGUCGAGUCCGACGUUAUCCGCAGAAGAACACCGUGCAUGUCCACCGCUUGUUUGCGGUGGGAUCUGUGGAAGAAGAGCUUUAUGCUGGAAGGUGA